AUGCCCUACUUGAAUUCCCCUACCGGGCCGGGACACUCGCCGUACACGCCUGAGAACCCUGCUGCUCCGUCGGCGGCCUUCGGUGGAAUUAUGCAACAUCAGUCGAACGGACUGCCGCCGCCGACGAAUUCCGACCCCCACGCACACAGGGGCAGUGGUGACUUCGACGAUUCGAGAAGGGGCAGCGUCACGAACAGCAUCCAUCACGGCAUGAACAAUCUGGGAUUGGGCCCGACCUCGCCGUACACCAGUAACAAUGCAUCCCAGACCUCACUCGUGUCUGAUUUGCAGCGGGAACGAGGCAUACAAACAAACGGUUAUGCGGGAGGGCGAUAUUCGACGAUGAAUGGGUCCAUGUCCUCGUUCAGUUCCGCUCGUGGCGGAGGACGCAGUUUUGCCGCCGGACGUGUUGCGCCGCCCAUCUUGGAGAAUCCGAAGCAGGAAGUCUAUAGCGCCGAAGCCCCUACGCGAGGUCAAGCUUACGCCUUUCCCGACCCCGACGCCCCUCGACCGCCAGGGAGGCCACCCUCGACAUUCUCCCGCCGUAACAGUUUUGCCGAGUCGUUCACAAGCAGUGUCCUCACGGUGGAGUCAUCCCGAUUGCCGCUUGGCCAGCAAGAACUCCCCGAUGCCCAUCAUCACUCACUUCAACACAAACAACUCGACAGCCUCAGGGGCGACCCCGAGUCGCCAAACGGUAGCACGCCGUACAGUCGCACGCCCGAACUUCGAGUGACCCACAAGCUCGCGGAGCGUAAGAGACGGAGUGAGAUGAAAGACUGUUUCGAGCAACUCAGGUCGCGGCUGCCCACGGCCCAGAACAACAAAUCAAGCAAGUGGGAGACGUUAUCGAGAGCGAUCGACUACAUCACGCAACUGGAGAAUCAAAACAAACAGCAGCGCGCGGACUAUGAAAGCCAACGCCUGAAGAUUGCCGAGCUGGAGGCGAAGAUGCAUGAGAUGAGUCAACAACUACGAGGGAUGCAGCAGCCGCACGGCUCUUUCCCUCCACCACCCAACGUGCUACCACAGAGUCCCCUGGGAUACGCACCACAUUACAAUGGCCAUGCAGAAGGCCAACACGAACCUGCCCGAACUCUACCACCUAUAAUGACCAGCUCUUCGAUGCAGGGCAUCCAAUACUCUGAUGAACGGCGCUAA